AUGGCUGACUCAAAUGUUGCUCCAAUUCCCGCCCCAAACCUUCCCGCAACGGGAGACUCGAACCCUCCCGAAUUGGAUACCUCGAAGAUGCGUAUCGGCAACCUGCUUGCCCAAGGAAAGUCGGCGAGAGUGUAUGGCGUUACAAUCCCCGACAAACACAACGAAGAUGGGCACACCGAAGACAACGAUACCUACAAGCCCUAUGUUCUGAAGAUGCUUCACAACGAGGAAGCAUUCAUCCGCGAGAAAGCCGCCUACGAGCGCAUGGAAGAGAUUCCUGCUCUUCUGGACGGCUUCGUACCGCGCUACUACGGAACCGCACAAACCCAGUAUUCCAACAUCAUGCACUCCAUCAUCCUCAGCGCGCAUGAUAGCGCGGAUGACAGCGCGCAUAAUGAGAUGAAGCUCGAGAACAUCAUCUCGAAUAUCGCAUUGGAAACGUUACAUUAUGUCAAGAAACUGUUGACCCAGGCUAUUCAGAAACUCCAUGAAGCUGGCAUCUACCACGGCAAAGUGACAUCGAAGAACAUCUUCAUCUCGGGCCAACAAGGCCAUGAGCUGACGUUGAUCAACUUCUGCGAUGCUACCCUGAAGAAAGACGUCGAAGAUUCAGAUGUCGAAGAGAUGGAGGACAUUGAUUUGAGCUGCGUGGGGGAGAUAUUUGAUGAGGUGAUAUGGGCCAAGGCUCACGAAAAAGUCACCAACCUACUUCGAGAUCUACGCAACGGCCACCAAGUUCAGAACCCGCAGUACUGUCUAGCUGAGCUUCUGGAUAUGAUCGGAAGUCCAGACCUGGAGCUUGUCAGAUCCAUCAUAGAGCUGUACACGGUGCCCGAUCCUGUCUUGGCCCUCCCUGUUGGCAAAUCCCUUGCCAACCGCUACAAACACCGUCAAGCCAUCGAGAUACUCAAGCAAUCGGCCGAUACUUUUGAACAGCUGUCCCCUCCUUCAGACCAACAGACUCUCGAGAUGGUGACUGUGUCCGAGAUGAAGAUGGCUGUCGCUCGUUACACCGCCAGAAUUAGCCCUGGUUCCAAGGAGGAAAACCUGAAAUCCACCAAGAGCCACUACGAUGAAGCCAUCCGAUUCUAUCUCCGCUCCAUACCUAAUGCCAACCUUGCCGAUAAGACCGCCAUGACGCUGCGCCGCGAGCUCGCGAAAUACUACUCCCGCUUCGACUUCUACAAAGACGCGAUGGACCUCUGUAUUCAGGCUAUGACAGAUGCUAAUAACGCGGGAAGGGAAGUCUCACUGGACGCCUGGAGGGAUUAUGGUGAGCUGAUCGAGGAAACGAAGAAAACUCUAUCGCACUUGAUAAAUGAUAUUAAGGAGGACAAGCUGAAGGGAGUCGAGCGUUCGUGGAGGCCUUGGGCAGAUCUGCCGACGUUCGAGGAGGCGUACCGCCGUGCGGUAGAUGCGAAGGAACUCUGCAAUCAACAGUGGGAUAGUCACCGCAUGACGAAGCUGGCUGCCACGCUUCAGGUAAUUCCGUCCACCGGUCAAGGUAUGAUGUCGGGUCUUCGCAAAGACUCGGUCAUCGAAGACUAUCUUUGA